AUGUUAUUUGGAUCGAAGCUCGACAAUGAGGUGUAUGAACCUUGGAAGGAAUACUACAUGAACUACACUUCCCUCAAGAAGUUGCUUAAGGAAGGUGUAAUUCUCAAAAAUAGCUGGACCGAAAAGGACGAACAGAACUUCGUAUCGGCAUUGGACGCUGACUUGGACAAGGUAUACACAUUCCAGCUGCAGAAGUAUGACCAAUUGAACGAUAUCUUGGAAGGCUUGCAAAUCCAAACUGAAACAGCCCUGCAACAGUUUGAUGAGAAGAAAUUUUCGGUCAAGUUGGAUGAGACCUUGGCGGUUGCACAGGAAUUGGAGCACUUCCAGAGAUUGAAUUACACUGGUUUCACCAAGAUUGUCAAGAAGCACGACAGAAUCCACCCGGAGUUCAGUGUCAAGCCAUUGUUGAACGUUAGGUUGAAGAACUUGCCCUACCACAAUGAGGACUACAGUCCCUUGUUGUACAAGAUCUCCGCUUUGUUUCAAUUUUUAAGAGACAAUUACAAGGUGGACCAAAGCUUGAGUAAGUUAUCGUCAUUCCACGAGGAUAUCACCAAGCAAGAGUUUGAGCUGUUCAAAUUUUGGAUCCACAAGGACAACUUGAUGGAAGUCAAGACAAACAUCUUGAGACACUUACCGGUUUUGGUGUAUAGAAAGGAUACAAAGCAGCAUCAGACCAUGGAAGAAUUAAUGAACAAUGAUUCCGAUGACGAUGAAAACGAAGAUGAGGACUACAACAACCCAAUUAUCAACUGUUUAUAUUUCGAUUCUCCAUCGUUCGAGCUUUAUAACGACAAGUUAAUCAAGGCAAACAAUUCCUCUUCCCUUCGUAUUAAGUGGGUCGGUAAGCUUCUUGAUAAGCCAAAGAUCAUCAUUGAAAAGAAGGUCUUUGACCAGACUAGCCAGGACUUUAAUGUUGGUGAAAAGUUAAGCAUCAAGGAGAAGUACUUGGACUCUUUCGUUCAAGGUGAUUUUGACUCGACCAAGUUCGUUAAGAAGAUGAAUAAGAGAGGGUCCAGUAAGGAAGAAAUCGAAAGUUUUGAAAAAGUUGUCAAUAACUUGGAAAGUUUCAUAAAGGACCACGACUUACAGCCAUGCGUUCGUUCUACCUACAAAAGAACUGCGUUCCAGAUUCCAGGAGAUGACAAGGUUAGAAUUGUUAUUGACUCAGAUUUGACUUUCAUCAGAGAAGAUGCUUUUGACCAUGAAAGACCUAUUAGAGACCCUUCCAAGUGGCACAGAACAGAUAUUGACUCCAAGAUCAACAAUCCAUUUAGUUUGUUAAGAAAGGGCGAAUACCUGAAGUUCCCAUAUUCAGUUAUGGAAAUUAAGAUCAAAAAGAAUAACAAUAAGCAAAGAAGUCAUUGGAUUAACGAAUUGGUCUCUUCGCAUUUGGUCAAGGAAAUCCCUAACUUCUCAAAGUUUAUUCAAGGUAUAGCGUCAUUAUUUUUGGAAGAUGAUAAGUUGGAUAAUAUCCCAUUAUGGUUCCACGACUUGGAAGGUGACAUCAAGGUAGAUCCCGAACAAGCUUAUAUUGAUAGUAAGAAUGUUAAAAAACAUAACGAUGAAGACAACUUAUUGAAAUUUAAGACUAUGAUCAGUAACAGCGCCAGUGCUGCAACGUUCAGCCCAAGGAGUAAAUCAUUUUCUGGAUCAUUGCUUCCACAAGGAACACCUCCAAUUAGCGAAUUGAAGCUUUCAGAGGUUGAAGGUCAAAUUGUACCUGAAGAAGGAAGAUCACCACCAACAGGUGCUGCUAAUCCAGCAUCAUCAAGAUUAGACGAAAGCUCUGAUGAGGACGAAGACGACGAAGAGGAAUUGCCUCCACUUACUCCACAGCACUUUAUAAAUAAGAUUACUGGAGGAAGAGAUGCAGUAGCCAAACUUAUUGAUGUUGACUCUGAAGAAGAAGAGAUCCAGUUACCAGAAGGUGUCAGCAAGCCAGACUCCUACAUCAAGAAUGCAGGACCAUUGAAGAUUGAACCAAAGGUUUGGAUGGCCAAUGAAAGAACAUUUAACAGAUGGUUACAUGUUACUACUUUGCUCUCAAGUUUGACUUUUGUUGUGUAUUCAUCAGCCAAGAAAUCUAAUUCUUUCCAAGUUGCUGAAGGAUUGGCUUACUUCUACUUUGCCUUAACAUUGUUCUCUGGUGUCUGGGGCUACUACACCUUCAAUAAAAGAAGAGAGAUUAUUAUUGAAAGGUCUGAAAAGCAUCUUGAUAACAUUGUUGGUCCCUUGAUUAUUUCCAUUGGAUUAAUCUUAGCGUUAGUAAUUAAUUUUAUCUUUGGAUUUAAGCAUUUGGCUCAGAAGCAGAAGGUUAACAAUUUCACCGUUGCUGGUUUGAAUGAUACAUUUUACGCUGAGCAUCCAUUCCAUAAGGCUGUUCAUGAAUUUGUAUUCAGACUUGUGGGGUACUAA